AUGGUCGAAGAAAAGUUCAAGGUUUUAACAUUUAAUUGCUGGGCCGUGUUUUUCCCGUCUCCGACUGUGAGGAAAGAAGACCGUGUUAAUGCGAUUGCCGCGAAGUUAUCAGUUGGGGAUUUCGACGUGAUUUUACUUCAGGAGAUUUGGCUGGAAUCAGAUUACAGAAAGCUCCGAAACAUUCUGGACGAGAAGUAUCCAUACUCUAAUUACUUUUAUUGCAACCUUAUAGGAACUGGUAUGUGCAUAUUUUCAAAAUGGACUAUAGAAUGUGUGUUCACACAUCCCUUUACUACUAACGGAUAUCCUCAUCUUAUUCACCAAGGUGAUUACUAUUGUGGCAAAGGUAUUGGGUUAGCCCGGAUCACAAGCAAAGAAGGAUUUAGGAUUAACUUUUAUGUAACCCACUUAAUUGCUCGUUAUGAAUUAGAUCGUAUGUUAGAUAAAUAUAAUGGACAUCGAAUAUCUCAAUUAGUUGAAAUAAUGGAAUUUGUUCGCAUGACAUCCACUGGUUCUGAUGCAAUUAUAAUUACUGGAGAUUUCAAUUUGGAAUCGAAUACUUCAGCUAUUGAAUUGUUUAGUACUUCAUUAAAAUUAUCUGAUGCAUGGCUUAAUAAUGUAAGUUUGGAAUAUAUAUAUGCUGUCUUUUUUCUUCAAAAAGUGUUUUCACAUGUUUCAUUACUUGGUAAUUAUGAAAACCUCCUAGUUAUUGUUCUUAAUAGCGAUUAA